AUGAACCUGGCCUUCAAGCUCGCCCACACCUCUGCAGCCGUCUUCUUUGACGCCACCUGCAGCAACAAGUUCUCCGCGAGCGCGCCCAGCAGGUAUGCCCGCGCGGGCUUGUCCUUCUUCGCGAUCACCGCCGUCGCGGUGUCCUCCGGCACGACCACCGCUUCCCACAGCCCGGCGCGUCGAGUCAAGAUCUACGACCAUGGUGUAUCUUUUGUCCGAGCUAAGAAAAUUAUCCCUACUUAUUUGCAGGCCACCUAUACUGCACUUGUUCCUCAACAUUCACGGUCAUUGGAUGACCUUCCUACGAAAGUAGCCUGUACACUAUCACAGGGAUCUAAUGUAACUAGCAUGGACUUUCAUCCUUCUCGUCAUACACUACUACUAAUACUAGUUGGAUCUGCUAAUGAUGAAUUUACACUUUGGGAGAUCGGUAGGCAUGAGAGGCUGGUCUCAAAGCCCUUCAAAAUAUGGGACCUGCAAGCAUGUUCAACACAAUUUCAGAGUGUCGUGGCUAAAGACUCUUCCAUUGCUGUUAAUCGAGUUGCAUGGAGCCCUGAUGGACACUUGAUUGGAGUUGCAUUCACAAAACAUUUGAUCCAUCUGAAUGCAUACCAGCAUCCAAACGAAACACGUCAAGUUGUGGAGAUUGAGGCUCAUUCUGGAGGGGUUAAUGACAUAGCUUUCUCCCUGCCAAAUAAGCAACUUUGUGCUGUCACUUGUGGAGAUGACAAGCUGAUAAGGGUCUGGGAUAUGCAUGGACAGAAGAUAUAUUCGUUUGAAGGGCAUGAGGCACCUGUGUAUUCUGUUUGCCCUCAUGACAUAGGUCCUGUUCAGUUCAUUUUCUCAACUUCCGUUGACGGGAAAAUCAAAGCAUGGCUUUAUGACGAUUUGGGAUCUAGGGUGGACUAUGAUGCUCCAGGAAACUGGUGUACUGCAAUGCUCUACAGUGCCGAUGGAACUAGGUUGUUCUCAUGCGGAACAAGCAAACAGGGAGAAACGCAUUUGGUUAAGUGGAACCAAAGCGAAGGAUCUAUCGAGAGGUCAUAUUCUGGAUUCCGUAAAAAUCCAUCUGGUGUAGUGCAGGGUGUCGUGCAGUUUGAUACAGCUCAGAAUCAAAUUUUAGCUGCUGGCGAAGAUAACCAAAUUAAGUUUUGGGAUGUUGAUAACAUCAACAUGCUUACCUGCAUUGAAGCUGACGGAGGCUUGCCAAGCCUUCCGCGGUUAAGGUUCAAUAAAGAAGGCAAUCUUCUUGCUGUUACUACAAUAGACAGUGGCUUUAAGGUACUUGCAAACGCUGAUGGACUCAGAUCUUUACUGGCUUUUCGAAGUAUUUCUGGAAACGUAUCCAAGGUGCUCAACGACGAUGACCUCCUCAGGGAGAUCAUUGUCCGCAUUAGCUUCUCCAACACCCUCGUCCGUGCCGCCCUCGUCUGCAAGCGAUGGUACCAGCACGUCUCUGAACCCCCGUGUGGCGAGCUACAUUGGGGUGCACAGUCCGUUAUGUAUCUCAUCCAUGCCAAGAAGCUUCAGCUUCACAUCUGGCUCCACAAGGGGGACAACUGGUUGCUGGUGAACACCAUUUGUUUGCGUGACAUGCUUGCUAAUUUGAGGAUUCCAGGUUGUGAGGUUGAUGAUGAGCCCACUGCUCCUCUCCGGAUAAAACAUGUGGGGGACUCUGCUGAGUUUGUGUUCUUGGAGAUGGGUCGAUGUGCACUCCACCUGGAUGUCAAGUGCACGCAGUUGCGUAAAGUGUAUGACAUGACAGAAGAACUGCAUUUGGGUGAUAUACAUCCUCUUAUGAUGAUUUGGCCGCCCAUAUUCCCCGCGCUCAAGGAUAAUCCUGCAAGGUUUUGCCUUUUGGCCUUCAGAUGA